GUUUUCUUCAACAAAUAAUACAUCUAACAAAUUCUUCUUGCCUUCAGCUUAAUAUUGAGAAUGUCAGCAAUGAGGAGUUCCAGCAAACUUUUGUUGUUUCUCUAUUUAUCACUUUGGCUUUUUACGUGUUCUCAAGCUGCAACUAGUUGGUGCGUGUUGAAAAAAAAUCCACCUGUUAGUAACGAGAAGGUGCAAGCAUUCAUUGAUUUCGCAUGUGGAGAGAUUGAUUGUAGCCCGAUCCGACCCGGCGGCACCUGCUAUGAGCCUAACACAUAUGACGUUCAUGGUACAUAUGCUCUGGAUGCCAUUUACAGAGUUAAUGGUGACUGCAAUGAAAUCGGCUUCAUAACUACUGUAGAUCCAUCUUUUGGUACUUGCCGUAUCCCGUGAGUAAAGUAUUGUGAAAGGGCGCAUACAUCGAUGCGGAGGUCUCUUGCCCAAUUGGGUUUACGCUUUUACAAUAAUAACAGUAAUAAUGGUGUAUGGGAUGUAAAAAUUUUGUUUUAACAAAAUCCCAAAGUAUAUGAUCAUUUGAUAUUGGACGUGUAUGACUUUGAGUAAUGAAGC